CGCUAGCUGAUAAAAAAUUAGUAGCAAACGUUCUUCUUGCUUUAAUUAGUUUAGUACAAAUUAAGUAAAAUGUUACUCAAAUUUUUAAUUUUAAGUAUAGUGGUGAUCGUUAGUGCAGAGAAAGUAAGAUAUGAUAACUACGCGUUGUACAAAGUUGAACCUAAAAAUGAAGAUCAGGUGAAGUUCCUAAAAGAACUGGAGAAGAAUGAAGACCUUGACUUCUGGAAGUCGGUGAAUCAAGCAGGAGACUAUGCCAGUAUAGUGGCUCCUCCAGAAAUGAGGAAGAAGUUCGAGCAUUCAUUGAAGAAACGCAGCAUUUACAGUGAAAUGGUGUUGGAUAAUAUUCAAGAAGCCUUCGAUGCCCAGUUAUACAGUCGUAAAAGAAGGAGCGCUGAGCCAGAACUAUUUUGGACAAACUAUCAAACUAUUGAUGAUAUCUAUGAAUGGUUUGAGCACUUGGCGCAGACACAAAGUAAUAUUGUCUCCUUGAUCACCGUUGGAAGAUCUUUUGAAGGUAGAAACAUAACCGGCAUCAAAAUAUCCAGGGGCAACAGCGACCGCAACUUCGUCAUCGAAGGUGGUCAGAUUGGAGCCGACUGGUUGUCGCCCACCGUCAUCACGUACAUCGUAGAUCAGCUGGUCAGAGGAGAAGACCCUGAAGCAUUGCAGGCAUCUCAGGACUUUACUUGGCACAUCUUCCCGAUUGUGAAUCCAGAUGGACACCAGUUUAGUCAGGACUCUGUCAGACUUUGGACCAAAAAUAGAACACCAACCGUAUUAUCUAAUGCUGCUAUUGGCGUUGAUCUCUCAAGGAACUGGAACUCUCAUUGGGGAGUACAAGGCGGCAGUUUCACUCCAUCAGCCAACAACUACGUCGGUCUUGGUCCGUUUUCCGAAGUAGAAACCAGACAAAUGGCUCGAUACCUUGACUCAAUUGGCGGGAGCACCACUGGCUUCUUGUCCUUGAGAAGUUUUGGGCAGAGACUGCUGAUACCCUUCGCGCACUCUGCGACACCUUUGUACAACUUUAAUGAGAUGGUCACCAUUGGCAGAAGAGCUAUGGGUUCACUAGCCGUCAAGUACGGAACCCAAUAUUUAGUUGGGACCUCUUUACAAUUUUCUGAUGGCUCCACCGGUACCUCAGCUGACUGGAUCAAAUUCCGCUUCAACCCUCCUAUCGUAGCCACUUACUUGCUGAGGGACCAAGGAGGUUGGGGCUACACCCUCCCUGUAGCGCAAGUCCUCCCCAGCUGUGAGGAGACAUAUGACUCAGUUAUGGCCAUCCUGAGAGAAGCCAGGUUUAUCAAUGUAAUUUAAUUUGGGAAAUAAAUGUGGUAUAUCGUA